AUGGCUGCAAAGAUUAUUGAGGUUAUCUACAGAUAUCAGAAUAAGCGUGCGGGUAGCGAAGGCAUCGAAUCGGAUAUUGGUCUGCUGGCUGGUUUGGCACAGGCAUACAGCCAUGUGAAGGCUAACCAGCCUAUCAAAAUGUGUCUUCCUGCGUUUCCCUUCAAGUCUCCUAACACGAAAGUUAAGGUACUCGGACGCGUCCCAGACAAGGCAGAGGAGUAUGCGCUGGCCCAUCUUAACGGCCUCUGUGCUGCCAUCAAGGAUGUAUACAGUCCGGGAGCAGAACUUACCAUCAUUUCUGAUGGUAUUGUAUACAAUGACCUCUUGAGCGUCUCAGACUUGGACGUUUGGAGAUAUGGAGAAACUCUUCGAAACUUGGCGAAGACCAAGGGCUUCAGCUAUAUUCGCUUUUCACGACUUUCAGACCUUGUGCCGAUGGAGGUACCUGCAGUGUUGGACGAAGUUUCAUAUGUCGCCAAUGCCACCAACUUCCGCAUUGCUCUCAUCAACAACUUUAGAAGUAAAGAUUGGGAUGUCAAUGAGAAGAUCACAUCCGACGAGGAUAUUUGCUUGACAUAUCGCGGUUACCUCAAGUUCCUCCAGACAGAUCUUGCUGACACAUACCCUAUUUCGGAAACUUUCACCAAGUCAAAGUAUAAGAAGGGUAUUGAGAGCAUUGCUAAGCAAAUGCUCAUCCGCGGUCAAGCAUUUGCCCGUGCAGUUCGCGAUAAAUUUUCCAACCACGUUCGCUUGUCUAUUCACCCUUCCACUGGACACAACAAAGUCUCUGUCAGCACUCUCCCCACCGACUCCAGCUACACAACCCCUUGGCACUGCGCUGUGGCUGUCAGACAAGAUGGAACUAUUACCUCAGGUCUUGCUCAGACGUUUUGGGACGAUCCUACCUGGGAGCUUGUCUAUGAAGAUGGCAGACCAUCAUAUUUCCGAGAGAAGAGCGAUCUAUAUACCUGGAGCUCCGGCGCUAUCACCGUUAAUCCUUUAUAUCCUUGCGGUGUUAUCAUCUCCCCUGCUGAGGGAGCCAAUAAGCUGUCAAUGCAAGACAUCGAUGCUCAGAAGGUUCGCGCACUCUCUGAAAUCAACUCACCAGUCAUUCUGCGUGGCUUCUCUGGAACCAAGAACCGUGAGAAGUACAUUGAGAAGGCUUCUGAGUUUGGAACCCCUCUUCCUUGGAAGUUCGGCAUUCUGCUCGAAGUGAAGGACCGUGGAGCAGAUACUCGAGGUCUCAACAAUGUUCUAUCGUCUGAAUGGAUGCCUUUCCACUUCGAUGGCCUGUUUAAGACUUUGGACCACACCAGAGAGGAUGGAACCGUGUAUAAGCUUCCGAACCCACCACGAUUCCAAUUGUUUACUGCUGUCACACCUUCUCCUUCUGACACUGGUUUCACACUCUUCUCUACAUCUACGUUUGUUCUGAAGCAUCUACCAGCUUCCCUUCCUCUAGAGACCUUGAAGAAUCUUACGUGGUCUGUUAGAACUACUUCAUUUGAGGCGACAAAAUUGGACGGCCUGCCUCUAAUAGUUGACCAUCCUAUUACCGGAAAGCCCUGCUUGCGGUAUCAUGAGCCCUGGCCUGAAAACAAGACAAGCUUCGAGGCUACCAACAUUACAAUUGAUGGUCAGACACCCGAGGUCUCUGAUGCUAUCUGCCGCGAGCUAGACGGUCUUUUGCAUGACCGACGUGUGGCAUAUUACCACGCGUGGGAAAAGGGUGACAUGUUGGUCAGUGACAACAUUCUGGCUAUGCAUACCCGCAGCGACUUCCAGGGAGGCGCUGAGAGGGAGUUGUGGAGAAUUCACUUUGAUUGA